AUGUCACAGAGAAAACAAAUGUCAGAAGAGUGGUCCAAUGAGGAGCUUGAAAAUGCCGACCAAUCCUCCAGUGAUAGUGAUUACAGUGAUGGUGAUUACAGUGACGAAAGCAGUAGUGAGGUGGAAAACAUUCUCUUCAGCAGACCACUGAAUGCAGUAGCUGAGGAAGAAUGCAUCUUUCAACAAUUUUAAGAGUGGCUCCAAACCGCAGACGGGAGUAGGAAGGAUCCAUCAAUUGCGUCAAAGUGUUCUCGACAAGUGCAAUUAGUGAUGCAGUACAUCAAUCCCAAGAAACCGACCCUGAAAGAUGUGCUGGAGAAAGAAACUCUCAAGAACAAGUGGUUGAACAAAUUUGAGAAGGAAAGACGCCCUGAGACAGUGAAGUCUUAUCUGGGAGAUUUAAGACAAUUUUAUUUCUUCCUACAAUGCACGUCUCCCAAAAACAUCAAUGUGUCAACAAAAGUGUUAAAUUCACUGAUAGCACAAAUGACACAGUGGAGCAAAUCUUUUCACAAGCUGGUGAAAGGUCGCUUUUGGGAAAAACGUAUGAUCAACAUGGGAAAACUGCGUACACCAGAGCAAAUUCGAGAGUUUACCUCUUCUAAUGUGGCCAGAGCGGCGGUAAACAUGUUGGACGAGUACCAGGCAAAGGCGGACGGAACAUGGCCUAGUCAAAGUGAGUACACCUCUGUGAGAGACUACUUGGUGACGUCAAUUUGCAUAAACAACGGCAGCCGGUCAGGAGCAUUGGCUAACAUGACCGUAGGGGAGUUCAUGAGUGCCCAGCAAUUAGAUGAUAGCUUUGUUGUGAAAGUGAAAAAACACAAAACUUUCAUUACACAUGGUUCAGCCAACCUUGUUUUCUCGACCACUCUCCAUAAUUGGAUGAUGAUCUAUAUCAACAAAUUCCGCUAUCCUGUUGCUGACAUGACGUGUAAAAAUACCGAACCAGUUUUCUUGACUUGGAAAAACCGUCCAAUGACUGCAUCCCAUAUUGGGAGCCAGAUCAACAGUGCCUGGGGGAAAUUGUUCGGCAAGGAAACUGCUACUGGUGGAGCUACAGCUUUUAGAAAAGCGGCUGUUUCUGCUGUCCACCGUAACAACAAAGGGAGAAGAGAAGAGCUAGCUCAAUUAAUGGUCCACCACAGGGUGACUGCUGACCACUACUAUCUUUUAGAAGAAAAGACAGCAGCAGCAGUAAAAACUUCAAAAUAUUUAACUGACGUUUUACAUGCUAAAGCACCACAUACCAAAGCUACAUCCGGAAAAGAUGUAGAAGCUUCGAAUGCACCAUCAUCUUCAGUGGAGUGGUCUGUUCAAAAACGACGAAAAUGGAUGCCUGAGGAAGAGGAGGAAUUAAAAAUGCUUUUUGCUGCUGAAAUCAAAGACCAAUCUAUUACACUUAAAACAGUGAGGCAAAAAAUUCAGGACAGUCCUGUUUUAAAAGAAAUAUCUGCAUGCAAAAUACGCGACAAGAUCCGUACCUUCUUCGGAAGUGUAACAUGUCCAUUGCCAGAAUUAUCCGAGGAGACACCAGAAGAGCGCUUGAAUCGAUCCGGUUACAAGUCACCGUCUUUGUCAAAAAAAACCCAAAUGAACAAGAAUAAUUCUGACAGUGAGUAA